AUGAAUCAACCGAUAGGAAUGACAGAUUUACACCCGGAUGUGUUCGCGGUAUUCCCGCGACUAGACUUGGUUCACAAGAACUUGUAUUGGCAAGCGCACUACCGUCUUGUGGACUGGAGAUCUAUUACCACACGGGCUGAGCUGUCCUAUCGAAGCAACCGAAAACCUUGGCCCCAGAAAGGCACAGGACGCGCCCGUCAUGGCAAUCGCCGCACGCAUAUUUGGAUCGGUGGUGGACAAUGCAAAGGACCACGGGGACCGGAAUCAUUUUUUAGUGUCCUUCCUCGUGAUGUCCGCGUAAAUGGCUUAGUGUCAAUGCUUUCCAUAAAACAUGCUCAGGAUGACCUCCACAUUGUAGACAAUUUACAGUUGUCUCCGGCUCUUGAACAAGAAGCUAUAGAGGUUAUCAAACUGGCAAUGGAAGCACAGCCGGACGAGUCAGUCGCAGACGAUCCAUUGUCCGCAAUUCAUCGGAUUCGAACCCAUCGACUUACCAAAUUGAUGAAUGAUGCUGCAAGCUAUUUGCGUCAAUUGAUCGAUCAACGUAAAUGGGGUCCAUCUGUCCUAUUCGUAACGAGUGACUCUAUCGCACCUGCUCCUUCGGAUUCAAUCGAAGACAGUUUUUCUCAACUAUUGAACAAGCCUAAACCCGAUGGAUUGGCGAUCUAUCUGGCAUGCGCAUCCUAUGCCAAUCACAUUGAAGCCGAGCUAUCACCGGAAGCAAUUAGUCACCACAUAGAAGCAGUCGCACCACGUGCAACUCACCCCGGACGGGGUCUCACACUGAUGCCCCUACAUGGACUGAAUGUGUGGUCUUUAGUGCAGCACAACACAGUGGUUUUUUCAACCCAGUGCCUGGAACUGCUCGAAAAUCGCCUAUUGACUGUCAUGCGAACAAUCCACCGGGACAAGGCGGUCCAAGAGCCAGAUUCGUUGUUCCCCGGCACACUGGAUCGUGGAGAAUAUGAAGAUGAUGCUGAUGAGACGGAACCAACUACUAAUAGGCAUUUCCCUGAGCCGCCAAUCCCACUGCACUGGAAGAAGAUCAGUCUUUCGUAA